GCUCGGGGCUUCUCCGGCUGACGGGCGGGAGGGCUUCUCCCCGGUACCGGCGGGCGGGGCCGUGGCGGGGAGCCCAGGCCCUGCCGCCGCUGUGGGGAGGCGCAGCCCGUAUUGGGGCUUAAAGGGCGUUAGAGGAGCCUCGGGAUCCACCGGUGCGGGAGGCCGGGGGCAAAGACCAAAACAGGCUCUUCUGAAGCCAAAAAGGAGAGGACGGAAUUGGGAUCUGAUAUUCUCUGCCCUCUCAUAGGGAAUUGCCUAAACCUUAUGUGCCGACGGAGGAGGAAAGGAGACUCCUCAAGGAAUGUGCUGAAGAGAGUGCUCGGUAUAGAGGGCUUGUGUACUGUGCUGUUAUCUCACUGGGAGAGCCUAAAGCCUGUCACAGCUUUCUAGGUCUCCUGACUUCGUUUAGUUGCUCUGCUUUAAGACUCUCUGCAUUGAGUAUUAUUUGAAUACCCCUUUGCAAGAGCUUUUCCUUUGGCUGCAGCGAGCAUGCUUGCUACUAGUUUCUUAAUUAGGAAAGGUAUUCUAAGAGAUAGCUCAAGAUUUGGCUCUUUUACGAAAGUUGCAUUUGCUGGAGUAUGUGGAUACCUGGCUGGAAAGAUAUCCUACUUGCCAAUCUGUUCCGAGAAAUUUAAGAAACUGAAGGAUUCCCCAAUAGGAGACGUUCUACGACAAGCUCAAAGACAUAGUUCACCUAACCGCCCUGGUCGGAAAUCUGAAUUUUCAGACAUGCCUUCUCAGUCAUUUACUGAAUCUUCUUCUCCAAAAGCUGGAUUCCCACCUUCUUCUAGUUAUGCAGAUGAUUAUAGUUCAACAGAUAGAGCGCUCUCAACUUAUGAACCCGUUCCAUUCAGUGCUUCCCUGAAUGAAUCUUCACCUACAGGAAUUACUGAUUACACUGUUCAAGAUCCUGCUCCAAUUCCAGAAGAAAGUCGUAAAAAAAAAGGCAUCACAUAUGAGGAAUUAAGGAAUAAACACAGAGAAACAUAUGAGGUAAUGCAACCACCAAAGACAGAAACUCCAAGCAAGUUUUCACAGGAAAAGCCAGCUAAGGAAGUUAAAGUAAAUAAAUAUGGAGAUGCGUGGGAUGAGUAAGAGCCAAAUGAAGAACUGAAGAAGAUAAUCUCCUGUCAGCUUACUUGAACUUCAUCUAGAUUAGUCACAAGUAUUGGUACUUUUGGUGUGUCCUGCGAGAUACAGCUAUAAAUAAAUAAGAAGAAACUCCUGACUUGCCAGAAGAUUAAAGAAAACAAGUAUUUAGGCUUAAUUUUUUAAAAUUUUUCAUAAAUAGCAAGCGAGGCCAUUGUGAGGUGUCCUAACUAUAAAUCAUUUAUGCUAUUGUUAAAGAAUGAAAAGGGUAAUGGGCAAAAACUAAUAUAAAUGUAUAUCGAAAGGUAAAAAUAUAUGUAAAUAAGGGCAGUCGUGUAUCGGGAAUGGAAGAAAAUCGGAAUAUUCUCAAAUUUUCAAGACUUGCAUUAAAAGUUACCUGUAGAACUCACUGCUCACUUUGCUUUGUCUGAAAGAGAUAUUCUGAAAAUGUCAAAUGGUUGUCGUGCUUAGUUGAUAAAGUUUGAAAGAAUAGUGUCAACUAUUCAGAAAGAAAGGGCUGAGGAACCUGGCUACACACAUAAGUUAAGCAUACUUAACUUUUUCAAAACUUUUUGUGGUGCCAGCUGUAUCUUUAAACUGAUAUUCUGACCUGCCCACACUAGGUCUCUGAAGGUAGUAAUUUUGGAUGAAAAUGAUUGAGUGAAACUGCAGAUAUUUAAACCAGCUAUAUUUAAGUGCAGAAGGUCAAACCUGACAGACUUUGGUAAAAGUCUGAAUGGUAACUUGACUGUUAACAUUAGGGUUUGUGUACUUAUCCUUAUUUCUCAGUUUGUGCAUGUCAUGACAAAAGCCCGUGUUUACGGAGAAAAGUUCAGUGGAAAACUGCUUUAUUGUUACCUGCAAGAAAAGAGCUACAUUGGCAAAACUUCUGAAGAGUAUUUCCUAAUGUUUGCAUCCCCUGCUCAGUCUCAGAUCAAAAUGUUGUCUUCUAUUAGGGGUUCUCAUAUGCUCACCUGUGCUGUUUCAUCUCACACUGUUGUUUGUUUGAGGGUUUUAUUUAUUGGUGAGCAAAAACCAUGACAAAGUUGACAGCAUAAAAGCAUUACCGACAUCCUUGUUGGAGACAAAAAAUAACUGAGCUACCAAGAUUAAAAAUUCUCAGAGACCUUAUUGAUGGUCUUCUUAUUGGUCUAGCAGCAAAGCAGCAUGAAUGAGAAGAUUAUUUUGGGUGGAUAUGGAGCAAUUGGCUGAAAUGACGAGAAGAAAAGGAGGGGAAGAUUAGAACACUUAAAGAGCCAAAUAAUAAUCAAAACAGGAAGACUGUUUUCAGAAAAGCUGUUCUUCUAAAAAAAGGAAUGUGCCAAUAGGUGCUAAUCGGAUAAUCUUGAAGUUGAAUCAGAAAAUUACCUUGCAGAGAAUGCUUCUCGUGGCUCUGAUGAGAGAACUCUGAAAAUACACGAAGUAUGCUGGAAUUAUAUUGCUGUGUUUUUUAGUGUACUAUUCCAAAGCCAAUUAGAUUUAUCAGGAAAAUAUUUACAAAGUUUCUCAGUUGCAAGUUAUACAUCUAACAAAAGGUAGAAGAUUUAGAUGAUAUAACUGGAAUAGAUUCCUAUGGUGGUGGUUUUCCAUCUAUAAAAGGAAGAAAUGCUUUUUUAUUUUGAAUGAGUGAAGAUUUUGGUUGAAAGAGAAGUCUCCCAAGUGAGAAAACAUAGGAGCAGGCUUACAACACUGAGGGAACAGCAACACAUAUGAGUAAGCUUGACAAAAAAAUACUUCUUUAUGUUGGUGGAUUUGGGAUAAUACUGGAUUUUCUCAAGUAAAAUAGCAAGGAUAUAGUGACUUGUUUUUCAUAGGAAUCUUAAUGCAUGCUUAUACUAAAGUUGUUUAUUUUUGUGAGGGAAUGAUCAUCUCGGGAGUUGACUAGUUGAGUUAAUAUAACACCUCUGCAGUGUGGACACUCCACUGAAAAGUGAGACCUCCUCUAUUUCUUGACUUUCACUGCCAAAGUUACUGUUGUGGCAGUAAACUUACGUAUAGUCAAGUAUUUAAUGAUGCACUGGAAUCCUGGCUCAGGUUGAAGGCCUUGCGCUCCUGUUUCUGGCCUUUCUCUGGUUUUCAGUCUGAGGGUAUGUGCUACCCUCAUGCUUGGAUCAAUAUUGAUUGUUAUACAUGUACUGCUGUACAUGGGCUGUCCUAUUGUGUACCUCUAGUUAUUGGUGUGUACGUUUUUCUGAGAAUACUGAUGGGGGACCAUCUCGUACAUGACAGACAUGGAAGGCAGGCUAUUUAACCCUUUUUCAUUUAAGUGCUGAAAAGAUAAAUGCUUGUUUCAGACCCAGAUCUUGCGAACUAUCAUGUUUGGAGAAUUCUCAUUUUGUAUGCGGGUAAUUGAUAAUUAUAGCAGUUAAUAUGACUAUCGUGGUUCUUAAAAUUAUCAGAAGCCCAUGGUGUGAAAAUGAGACUUCCUUCAAAGUGCCUCACCUCAAAUUGAUAAUUCAGUUGGGCAAACACAGCAUUUCAUAUAAACUGUGUUAGAAAUUUUUUUUUCCUUUCUUAGAGUAGAAAAUAAGAGGCAUGUAUAAUAUAAAAUUCACGUCGUUUUAAAAGUAUAAUGUGUAUACAUAAGUUUUCUAAGCUGAAUGUGAGGUUUUCGUUCUGUUGCAUCUCGUUAGUAUCUCUCAGAGGACACUUUUUUGUAUUUAGGAACAAGUUGGGUUUAGCAUCAAAGAAUUAAAAAAUUCUUUGACUUUCCAUCACAUCUUUAAUAAGUAUUAAACACAGAAGAGUUCACAAUUAUAGCUGUUAACUGAAUAGGUAUCGAAAACUGGCAUUUGGUCAGAAUUAGGUCAUGUACAGUUUGCUGUGGCAAUAUCUGGUUCGAACCCCUGAUUCACUGAAUAGCCGGGGAAUUCAGUCCCUUCUUCCCCUUUUCCUGCACAUCUUCUGUAGUACCACCUUCUUUCAGAGUGUGGGUUUUUCAGUCUCAUGAUUUCAUUGCAGCCACCCAUGAGCUGCUCACUUAUAGUGCACUUAAGGGACUUUGGGGGAUUUUUAACUGAAUCCAAGUGCCUUAGAGCUGAUGUCGGGGUUAUUGUCACCCAUAGCAGUGUGGCUAGAUAUGAGGAACUAGUAAGAACAGUGAAUGCGUGAAGAAAGCAUGACAGACCCUCCUUUUAUUUUUACAUGUUUCCAGCUAAUACACACCUAAUUUUUCUUAAUUCAUUAGCCAGGCCAGCUGCUUUCCUGGAAUACAGGUCCCUCACUACUCUUCAAAAUUCUCAGCAAGAAUUUAACUUCGCAUUACUGUUUGUAUUUCUAGUCGGGUGUGUUUACAAUCUGAUCUAACCACAAAGACAGCAGCAUUAAAAAACAUUUGAAGUUGUCCUAUGGGCCAUCAUACUUUUAUGGUUGUUAAAAAUGUGAAUUAACCCAAUAUUUAUUGUAAAAGAAAGUAAAUUUUCUUUUAUUCCUAAAAAUAAAUGUUAAUUACAUUAAAAAAAUUAACUCUUACACCUUAAAUCAAACACCAGGAAAUGGCUCUGAAUGCUUCACUAUGAAUCCUUCUGAAAAAACCUUUAAACUGACUGUUUUCACAAUUUCUUAAAACUCUUAAAAAAAAAGCAGUUGUAGGGUCAGUUUGAAGGUGCUCAUAGCAUUAUCCUCAAGGCUGUUGUUACCAAUGUGCAUGAACACAGAGAAGAGGGUUGUGAAAAUAUGCCUCAGCUCUUCAAUAGCUAGGAAAGCCCUAGUGAAAAUCUCAGUUGCAAAUGUUUUUUCAUCUUUCCCUAAAUUAGCAGGCAUGUUUAGAAUCCCAAGUAAGUGCACAAUCUGACCUUUCCAGGGAUUUGUUCCUACUAAAGCUGUUUGGAUCAUGUCUAUGUGAAGGAGAAAAAUGUAAGUGAAAAUUAAUUUGAGUAGCUUAAUGAAAGUUAAGCAGAUUUGCGGAAGCCUGGGGAAUCAGACAUACUGUCACAAACUGAACCCAUAAACUUCAUGCUUCCCUUAGACUCAAGAAAUAUCCUGGCUUGUCUUCUGUUUGUUGGAAACUUACAGCCGUGUUUGUUUUUCUGUGCUUCGUUUGGUGGCCAUUGGUGAGCAACUCCUUCAACAUGUGCACACUGCAGGAUGCGCAUCCCACCCAGUCCCUUGGCAGUCGUACACACCCCAAACCUUUUGUGGAAAGGCUUUGCUUGCAACCCAUCCUUUCUGACUUGCAACCAGAACAAGUUAUCGCUCUGAUCUCUCAAGUGUGACAAUAGCACUAUAAAUAACCCUUUCCUCUUUUUUGCUGUUUGGUCACCUAUUAUUUGUAGAAAUCAACAAAUCAUGUUUGGAUUUUAAUCUCAAGGCAAUAAAUGGGACGAUUUGAAUCCGAUU